AUGCCUGGAAACGGAAAGUACACCAUUGCGUCUGGUGACACUUUCCACGAGAUUGCGAAGAGACUCGAAAUUGACGUCUCGACAAUACAAAACCUCAAUCCAGGUGUUAAGCCAGAAUCUUUACAGGUCGGUCAAGUCGUAAACGUCCCCGGACUGUCCGGUUCAAGAGGACAUUCUUAUAAUCCGCUUCCUGCUUCAACAUACACUAUCAAUUCAGGCGACACUUUCAACGCUAUCGCCCAAACCCUUGGUACAGAUGUCCCUCACAUUCAGUCACUCAACCCCGGCAUUGCCCCGGAGUCUCUCCAAGUCGGACAAAUCAUUAACAUUCCCUCUGGACCUCCCGCUCGCCACCAGCAGCAGCAUCACAUUUCCAAGAAAGCACGUCCACGGCCUGCUAUUGAAGGCUACACCUGCUUCUCUGGUCCAACGCACAACUUUCCCCACCCGAAUACGUGGGCACCCUAUGAGCACCUCAUAUCUAUCAACGAGCGCCUCAUGCUUCUGAACUCGAGUCCUUCAGAAGUGUUCUACAUCAAAAAAUGGAUUCCAAUAGUCGCCUACGAGUCCGGCGUCGAUGCUCGCGUGAUCCUCUGCAUAAUCAUGCAAGAAUCUGGUGGCAAUGUCCGGAACCCAACGACAUUAUCACCUGCUCCAGAUUUCGUGGAGAAUACGGGAUUGAUGCAGGCGCAUAAUGGGCAGGAGUGGGAUGAGAGGUACCCGGAGUGGAGUGUUGAGAGGAUGAUUCGGGACGGUGCUCAAGGGACGAGGUUUGGGGAUGGCUUGAUUCAAUGUUUUCACAAGUGGGAUAGGAACUGGUAUCACGCUUGUAGAGCGUAUAACUCAGGGAGGGUGAACAGAGAGGAUUUGAGUGAUGGUAUUACAGCAACCGGACAUUAUGUCGAGAGAGUUGCAAAUCGGUUGAUUGGAAACCAGUGGACAGGAAUGUAG